AUGGCCAAGAUGCAUUCAUUUUUAAUUAAGAACACUAAAUCAGAACUCAACUAUAUUGAUCCAAAUCUUUGUCAAGAGGAUUUUUUGUCGAUUUUCAAUAAAAUUGCAAGCUCUAUGGAAGAUGGUACUGACUUAUUUAGUAAGGAUGAUUUGUCCUAUGUUCUUGAAGAACUUACAGAAGACAAUGCGACCGAUUCUUCGGAAGAACUAGAAGACCUUGUUAGUGAAAACUCGUUAAAUUUGGAAGUCGAAAACUUCAUAUCUUUAUCUUCUAAGUUAGAGUUUAAUGAAUCGUUAAAUAUGAGUGAAGAUAUUAUACAUGGCGAUAAAAAUUUUAAUGUAAACGAUUUAAUUAGUGGUUCGGAUGAAUAA